UCAUUGUAAAUAUUUUGGAUUAAGGGAUAUGUGAUAUAGAUUUAAUUGAAUACAUCUGUGUGUAGUGCGUGUUGUAUAUAUAACCAAAGCUCCCCUCCAUUAUUGAUUGUCAGAUGUGUACGUUCUAUCCUAUCCUCUAUCCUUCAUCCACGUAAUAACAACAUGUAAUCUGUGCUACAACCCACUUAAGUUAGAGAUGGAUCUAAUCAGUAAAUAUUUUAAGUAACUUUGAAUGUACAUACUUGAAAUUUAUAUCAUACGUGGCUUUAAGCAUAAUGGUGUAAUUAUUUAAACGAGUGAUAGCCCCACUUGGUAAACAUUCACAGUUUUAAAUCAAGUGGUGCAUAACUAAGAGAUGGAGAUUCCUGAUAUUGUAAACUUUGAAGAGGUCAUCAGAGAUGUCAUUCCAAGCGGGAAAAAAUUCGUUCGUUGUGAAAAAGCAUUCCUGACUGCCCCUGGAGAAAAUUACGCCAGCUUAAUGCUGGGUCUUACUACUGUGAUCCAGGAUAAAGGAAAUGGAGACUCUAAAGAGGAAAUGAUUCAUAGUGUGGCUAAACUUCUUGCGCCCUGUGAAUUCAUGAGGCAGUUCAUGAAUAUUCCAUACACAGUCCGUAAUGAGUUAGCGUUUUACCAAACAAUCGUCCCCACACUGAGAAAUUUCCAAAAGGAACAAGGUUCUUCCAAGUCGCUCCAGUUCUUACCUGAUUUCCACGGAGGCAGACUGGGUUUAGACAAAUCUAAAAACACCCUUGAUGAGCACGCAAUUCUCAUCUUAGAAAACCUGAAAGUACCGGGCUAUGUUCUCAUGGACAACGAGCUGGGUCUUGACCUUGAAACCACUAAACUAAUUUUAUCAAAAAUGGCCGAACUCCACGGUGCUUUUAUCGCACUGAGAGAAACCAAAAAAGACGUGUUUGAAAAAAAGUUGCUACCGUAUUUUGACGAAUUCGAAAUUUUCCAGAUGGCUAAAAACGACGGGUUUAUGACGUGUGACGUCGUCGUUAAUGCCAUUACCGACAUCAUACGGGAGGACAAACAAUGUUCCCCCUAUAUGGAUAGAAUUCAAAAAAUAAUCAAAAGCUGCGUAACCAAUUUGCAUCUACCAAAGAACUCGGCCAAGUUUCGCCAACACGUUUUCGCGAGUCUUAUCCACGACGAUUUAUGGGUUAACAACAUCAUGGUGAAAACCCACUUGAAUAAAGUUGUUGAUGUGAAACUAGUGGAUUGGCAGCUGUAUGAAUAUGGUUCUGUGGUUGAAGAUAUUUUAUUUUUCGUGUGUUCAAGUGCUCAACAUGAUGUUUUGAAAGACCGUUUUGAUGAUCUGUUCAAGUUUUAUCACGAGAACUUGAUUGAUAAUUUGAUAGAGUUGAAAUGUGAUGUUGAGAAAUUCUCGUUUGAUGAAUUCCAAAAAGAAAUGAAGACUGUGGCGAGCGAGACGGCUUUCUUCUAUAUGAUGAUGGCUCUACCGUCGAUUUUUCCUACCGGUGAUAAUGUGUUGGAAGUUCAUGAGAUAAACAGGGAGGGGAUGCUGCGUCAAGUCACACAAGCUUCUGAUAUUGGCAAAAGAAGAAUCGGGUUAAUCACCUACAAGUUUAUUGAGAAAGGGUGGAUUUAACAGACAAGUAUUAUAAUGUGCAAGUGUAGGCAGUAUUUUUUCUACAACUACGAUAAUAAAAAAAUUAUAUUGUUUAUAAA